GAUGACAUAAAUUCAAAUACAAAAUCCUGCAUCUAUGUUCAUUACCACUCCCAAAUUUUUUUUUUUUUCCCCAAUUUGACCUUUCCAUCACGCAGCAAAAACUAGGGCUCAAACAAAGAAGAUAAAACCAGGGGCUCGGGUGCGAUUGGCAGCGUCAAGCGGGCACAACGGACGACAUGGCUGCCUACUAUCCUCCACCCACCGGCCUUCACGCCUCUCACUACCCCUACUACCAGGCUCCUCCUCCGCUGCCUCUCGGUGCGGCGGCACCGCAACCGCCGGUGGUGGGCCAACCGCCGCAGCAUCUAACCCAGCAGUACCUUCCCCACCAGCAGCCCCAUUUUGCUUCCUACGCUGCUCCCCCUGCUCCUCUCCAUGGCCAGGGUUUCCCUGGCGAAGUACGGACCCUGUUCAUUGCCGGGCUCCCCGAAGACGUUAAGCCUCGAGAAAUCUACAGUCUUUUUCGGGAGUUUCCGGGAUUCGAAUCUUCACACCUGCGUACUCCUACCGAAACAUCACAGCCAUUUGCCUUUGCUGUCUUCGUGGAUCAGCAGUCUGCAAUUACGGCAAUGCAGGCAUUGAAUGGGAUGGUAUUUGACCUUGAGAAGGGGUCAACCUUAUACAUUGAUCUUGCAAAAUCUAAUUCGAGGUCCAAGCGCUCCAGGACAACAGAUGAUGAAAGAUCUGGCUUCGAUAAGAAAAUUAAAGCAUCUGCGGCCUAUUCAAGAGGCACUCCUGAUUCUGGUGUUGGCAGCGUUCACUUGCCUGGAAUGGUUAAUUCUGCUUACAACACGAUUGGUUAUCCAUCUACACAAAGUCAUGGGAGUUUUGAAGGUCUUGCUGGUAGUGAAACUAACACAAUGAAAUCGAAUACUUUUUCCACUUCUCAUGUUCCACAAAGUGUUACCCCGUGUCCAACACUUUUUGUGGCUAAUCUAGGGCCUACUUGUACAGAGCAAGAGCUGACUCAAGUCUUUUCAAGAUGUUUGGGUUUUUUGAAAUUGAAGAUGCAGAGCACUUAUGGAUCUCCAGUGGCAUUUGUUGACUUCCAGGAUACCGCCUCUUCAACUGAAGCGCUAAACAAUUUGCAAGGCACAAUUCUUUACUCAUCUCCUGCUGGGGAAGGCAUGCGGUUGGAGUAUGCAAAAUCACGCAUGGGAAUGCGAAGGAAGGCCAGAUAAAUGCAGCAGAGUAAGCAAGGGAAGGAGAAAUGAAAUGAUCAUAUGCGGUUCUGCACCAAAGGACACAACUGGAAUGUCAACAGUAGCUAUAAUUGGCUUGCCAUUGCUUUGAAAACUCGAGUUUAGUGGCUCCUUUCAUCUCUCCCCAAUGGUCCUAGGUUCUUGAUUUUAUGUUGUCUUUCAGGAGCCAGGUGUGGCUAGAGAUGCUGGUCAGCAAGAGAAUAAAAUCCAGCAAAACAUAUUAUUAUACCUUGUGCUAUAGUAUUAGUCUUGGGAUUAAUUCACUUGUUUGGGAUUGGAACAAUAGAAGAACAAAAGCAAGCAUAUGAGCCAGGGAGAUGGGAUACAGAAUCAGGUUCCCACCUUGAUGCUGGUUGUCUGAUCCCUGCCCCCAUUACCCUCUUGCUUUAUUAAUUCAAACUUAUCUGUGUGGACCCUUUUCUUCCAAUCAAAGAAAUGAAGACUAAUGGGAAUUCCCCAA